AGCGCGAGACGUCACACGGUCUCGGGAGCGCGCAGUGCCUGCUCUUGGUGUCUGAGGCCGCGCAUGCGCGCUGUGGGAGGUUGGUCGCGGGAUAGACGGGCGGUGCGUAGCGGCUGCAGCGGCGGCGGAGGGGAGAAGAGCUGCACCGGGGCGGACCUGGGAGCUGUAUUGUGGUUAUUGGCCGGUAAAAGGAAGAUUUCUGCGGCCCGUACGGAGUGCCGGGGAGUCUCGGUAUCGUGCUCGGAUGCCACUCCCUGUCUGCGCACCGGGAACCGGGGAGAGGAGCGCCUCCAUUCACUAGCAGCAGAGGGAGAGGAGAGCGGACACCAUGAGUGAACAGAGCAUCUGCCAGGCCCGGGCUGCUGUUAUGGUGUAUGACGAUGCCAACAAGAAAUGGAUACCAGCCGGUGGCUCUACGGGAUUUAGCAGAGUCCAUAUUUAUCACCAUACAGGAAACAAUACGUUCCGGGUGGUAGGCCGCAAGAUCCAGGAUCACCAGGUGGUGAUCAAUUGUGCCAUUCCUAAGGGGCUGAAGUACAACCAGGCAACUCAGACCUUCCACCAGUGGCGGGAUGCACGACAAGUUUAUGGGCUCAAUUUCGGGAGCAAAGAAGAUGCCAAUGUUUUUGCAAGUGCCAUGAUGCAUGCCCUGGAGGUGCUGAACUCCCUGGAUUCUGGUCCAACGUUGUCUCGUCAGAAUUCCCACAUACCGCAGCAAGUGCAGAAUGGCCCCUCGCAAGAAGAGCUGGAGAUACAGAGAAGGCAGCUGCAGGAGCAGCAGCGGCAGAAGGAGCUUGAACGUGAGCGUCAGGAACGUGAACGUAUGGAACGAGAGCGCCUGGACCGCGAGAGGCUGGAAAGAGAGAGGCUGGAGCGAGAUCGGCUCGAGAGGGAACGACUGGAGCGUGAACGGCUUGAGCGUGAGCGCGAGCGCUUAGAACAAGAGCAACUGGAGCGAGAAAGAGAGCAAGAGAGACAGGAGAGGGAGCGGCAGGAGCAGCUGGAGCAAGAGCUGCAAGAACAAGAGAGGCUGGAGCAAGAGAGGCAGGAGAGAGAGCUGCAGGAACAGCUGGAGAAGGAACAGCUGCAAUGGGAACAUGAGAGGAGGCUGUCCAAUGCUGACUCAUCUUUCGACAACUCAUAUACCACUGCACAUCUUGAUUACUCUAGCUCUCAGUCUCAUUCCGCAUCCCCCAUUUCUUACGCUAAAGCCAUUUCUGUCCCAGUGUCGUCUAUUUGCACAGACUCCAUUGCUGACUAUGUCAUUGUCACCUCUCAAUCCAUCAGCUCUACACCACCCACCCCUCCACUGCGCCACUCUGCCUCACGAUUUGCCACAUCGCUGGGCUCUGCCUUUCAUCCCGUCCUUCCACAUUACGCCACUGUUCCUCGGCCUUUAAAUAAAAUUUCACGGCCGCCAUCCCCUGUGAACCAAGCACCUCCUCCACCACCGCCACCUCCUCCCCCAGUGAAGCCCAUAACGUGGUCUGCUUCUAACUUUGCUCCACUCCCGCCCUCUCCGCCAGUUAUGAUCAGCAGUCCACCUGGCAAGGCCACAGGCCCUAGGGCUGUACAUCUAGUGUCUGCAGCACAGCUGGCACUCUUGUCCUCCACACCAAAUGGGCACUCGGAUGCCCCUUCCUAUGAUACAUCAUGUACUCCUGCCCCUCCACCACCACCUCCAUCAUUUUCUCCAUUCUCACUGUCCUCAUCUCAAGCCGUCACGUGUUCUCCGAGCGCUUCUGUUGUCUCAGCAUGCCAGCCAAGUGUUCUCCCUUCUCCCUCUGCAGCUUCCCCCGCCUCUGUCGAGAACUCUUUACUCUCUGUGCUGGGAGACACCUGUGCUUCUCAGUCAGACUUGACCACCUCCUCUCAACCGACUGACCCUGCGGCCCAUCCGGGUGUUGUACCAGGACCACCAGCGCCUCCGCCCCCACCCCCUCUGCCAACUAGUUCAAAUUUGUCUCAAGUGGGCAUGCCCCCGCCUCCCCCAGCCCCACCACUUCCCCCUUCAGCUUUUGCCCCACCUCCUCCUCCUGGUCCCCCUCCUCCACCUUGCCCUCCACCUCUUGCACUUAUAGCAGCUCCUCCUCCACCAGCUCCCCCACCACCUCCUGCACCUCCACUUCCCUUUUCCGCGGCUUCAGUGACCUCAGAAGAUAACCGUCCACUAUCAGGCCUUGCUGCUGCUUUAGCUGGAGCCAAGCUUCGAAAAGUUUCUCGGACUGAAGAAGCCUCCGGUCAGGCGAGUGCAAGUUCGGUUGCAACCAGCUCAGGAUCCUCUAAAGCAGAACCGAGUCGUGGAAAUGGCCCUCUGCCGAUAGUGGGCGGUGGACUAAUGGAGGAAAUGAGUGCACUACUAGCCAGGAGGAGACGGAUUGCAGAGAAAGUACCGGCAGACUCUGACUCAAAAGAAGACAAAAUGGACGAUGCUGAGCAAGUACCUACAAAAGCGCCCUCUGCUGGCACACCUGAACCCACAAGAAAGCCUUGGGAAAGAACAAACACAAUAAAUGGUAGCAAAUCUCCUAUUAUCUCCAGACCAAAGUCUACACCAACGGGGCAGCCAAGUGCCAAUGGGGUACAAUCAGAAUCAUUGGACUAUGACAGAUUGAAACAGGAUAUUUUAGAAGAAAUGAGGAAAGAAUUAACAAAACUUAAAGAGGAACUUAUUGAUGCCAUCAGGCAAGAGCUGGGCAAGUCAAACAGCGCAUAGAGAACGCCAAGCGCCUGCUCAACUGAUUAGAAAAGGACUUUUUUUUCUAAGCUGUUUUAAAGGAAGUCUGAACUCCUGCAACCGGGGAACAGCAUAUAAAGACCUUUCAGAGACUUCUUCACUUUGGAUGUAUACGAAUUCUCUCCUGGAUUUCUGCUUUAUUUUUUUUUUCUUCCUUUCUCUACGCUUCGAAAGCGAUGGGGAUAAUGGUCUUAAAGUUGCUAACCAAUUAUGCAGAAAUUAUUUUUCAUGGGUUUUUUUUUGUGCCCUUCCUGUCCAACGAGCUUGCAGUGCAUAUCAAAAAAAACAACCAUGUCAAAAAGAAAGCAAUCAUUGCACACAUUUCAGAUUUUUUAGACCAAUACACAGGUGGAGAGAUGACUGCUCUUAAGAAAGAGGGUUCUAUAGUUGGGUGUACUGCAAGUGUUAAACUCAGGUUUGUCUUCCUAUAUUUGAUAUUUUCAUUUAAAAAGGCAAAAACAGAGAGAGAACGUCCGGUUCCAGGAAAAGUGUAGUCACAUGGGUGAAUUUUAAAUAAGAGUAUUUAAACCCCAAUUUUUUUUUCUUUAAAUUGCUUUGGUACUUUGACAGGGUUGUCUCUCUUUUUUUUUUUUUUUUUUUUAAGAUAUGAAUGUCUUCUUAGAUUGUUACAAUGCUUUACCAAAUCCCCUCACCCCCAAAAAAGCAAUUGUAAACAGAAUCUGCAUCAAGCCAGCACUAUUUUUUUUUUUUUUCUUAAUUUUUGCAUGGGGAGAAAAUUGCCAACUUGACAUGGUCUAAUGACUGUUUCAUUAUAGAUGCUGUGCAUGCCACAUUAGUAUAAACUUCCAGAUAAGCCUUCAAUUUUAUCCAGUGCUUUUCUCAAAUCUUGAAAUUUGUUUGAGUCCCCUUCCUGUUAAGUUUGAAAUUCUUAGGCAUGUUAGGACGUCCUCUUCAUCGUGACCAAUCUAGGCAUAUCUCAAACCAGCUGUUUUUGUUGAUCUUGCUUUGAUGAGGAGUUUAAUAAGGGAGUGACUUGAAGGUUGCCCUGCCAGGUUAGGAGUUAUACAGGUUUAAAGUAUCCUUUUCACAGGCCCAUAGCUUAUAAGAAGUUUGGUUUGACCUGCACUGUGAAACUCUUGUGCUGGAAAGGUUCACAGUCCUCCAGUUAAUAAAAGGGUGACUUGUUUUGACAUACAGAAUUCAGGAGAGACCUUUUUAAGGUGUAAACUGCGCAGUGGAGUAGUUUUGGACUUUUUGCAUCAGAAUUGUGCCAUAUUGUCAUGGAACCCCGCCGAGAAGGAACAGACUGCAACUCAAAUAACACAACUUCAUCAACCCCUCCUCCCACCAGGAAGUGCUGGUCACCAAAGUAUCAUGCGUUUUUAGGAAGCUUUGAACAACAAUCAUCCUCUUUGUUGGUCUGCUGUUCAUUAGGUACAGAGACCUGGACUCUGCAGAUGGAUUAAUAACAUCCAAAACGUGCAAGCAGCCUUUUUAUUCCCACUCUUGUGCAUGGUAGGAAGUAAAGGCGUUAUUGACUGACGCAUCAAGCUUGUCAAGAACAUCAUCAAAGCGAUCAUCCUUUCCAGUCACCAUUAUUCUUCUGUUUACUGCAGUCAUUUCAACGAUUAGAGAGUUCAGCCAUGUAUGUGACACUAGAGCGUGUUCCCAAUUUCCAAAUUUCAAACUUAAAGCCACCUUAUUAUGCUAUGUGAUCAUGAGCAGUCCAAAGUAAGACAGCUUGAUAGGUCUCCCUUGUUAUUGAAUGGAAACCGGUUUAUGCACUACGCGUUUUGUGCCUUGGUGAAAAAAAGCAUAUUUUUCAGUUGUUGAGUGAUCCAGUGUCUUCGUUAUGUCUUCACAUCUUGUCUUGCAUAUUUACUCAUAUUUCUUUAUUUUUCUUGUACCACACGUACAUAAUUUUUUUUUUUUUUUCUGAAAUCUUGGAUAUACAAAGAAAUAACCUUUUCAGUGGUUAAAAUUUUCGUUUCCUUUUUUUAUUCUUUUUAUUUUGUACUCUCAAUUUUGAAAACAAUAUUUUUGGGGAGUGAAUUGACUUGUUGGGCAUGUUGUCUUAACUUUAAAACAGUUUAAGACACUUUUUUUUUUUUACCCCCUCCAAAAGGAAUUUUUUUUUUUUUUUUUUUUCCUUUUCUUUUCUCCCUUUUUUUAUUUUUUUUAUUUUGCAACACUGUGACCUAAGCUGUGAUAAAAUGAUACCCAAGAGGUUAAUCAAAAUCAAUCACAAUGAAAUUGAAUGUAUAAAUCGUGAGUGCUGGUGCUGAAGUCUCUAUUCACUCUCAUCCUGGUUUUGACACUUUUCCACGCUCAUCUUGUGUGUCUCAUCUGAAGCUGAAGUUGGAACAAUUGUAAGUGGAGCUGUCAUGCCUGCGCAGUGGAGGAAGUUGACACUAAGCCAAUCAGCUCACAAGGAACUUUUGACAUUGUAACUGCCUGCGGCAUGCAAAGCCUCACGCUGUUUUGACAUUAGUAGCUCCUGGUGAAUUAAUAGGCUUGUCAAUUCUGGUCCGUUGGCCCAAGAACAAAAUGCCUCCUGCUGUGUUCAAGGUGACAGGUGCACUUUAAUUGAAUGUCACUUGUCCAUGUAAUCAAUUUUCACACUUUUAGCUUUUUACCCAUAUCCUUCCAAGUCAUCUCUGCUAUUUUUUUUACCAUUUGUUGUUUGUUUUAAAUUUACUACAUGCUAACUUUUUUUGUUUUGUUUGAGCGAUUGAAAUAAAAUUGCAAUAUAAGUGUUGCCCACCAUCGUUCUGUUGAAACCUUCUAAUCUUUGGACUGCUAUAAGAGUUUCCUGCCAGGAUUAUUGAAUGUGAUUUUAAAAAUAUGCUGAAUUACCCUAUAGAGAACUUAAAAAAAUGGUACUUGCUGUUUUGGAGGUUUACAUAAUGCUAUCAUUAUUUUUCUAAUUUUGAAGAGGCAUUUUACCAGAAUUGAAUACGCUCCAAUAAUGUAAGACUCUAUGUAGUAUGUAUAAAUGAAGACUGUACAUAAA